AUGUCUCUUUGGUCCUGCAGUGCUGUUGCUCAGCAGUUACGUCAUUUUAAUCAUCUGCUUGUGUUACAGAAAGCAAUAGAUCUUGCUAGCAAGGCAGCACAAGAAGAUAAAGCAGGAAACUAUGAGGAAGCAUUCCGCUUGUACCAACAUGCUGUGCAGUAUUUUCUCCAUGUUGUUAAAUAUGAAGCACAGGGGGAUAAAGCAAAGCAGAGUAUUAGAACGAAAUGUACAGAAUACCUGGACAGAGCAGAAAAGCUGAAAGAAUAUCUGAAAAAGAGAGAAAAAACUGUACCAAAACCAGUUAAAGAGUCUGGUCCUACUGAUGGAAAAGGGAAUGACAGUGAUGGGGAAGGAGAGUCAGAGGAUCCUGAAAAAAAGAAGCUACAGAAUCAACUUCAAGGUGCAAUUGUUAUGGAGCGACCAAAUGUAAAAUGGAGUGAUGUUGCUGGCCUUGAAGGUGCCAAAGAAGCGCUUAAAGAAGCAGUGAUAUUGCCCAUUAAAUUUCCUCACCUGUUUACAGGAAAGAGAACACCUUGGAGAGGGAUUCUUCUGUUUGGACCACCGGGAACAGGAAAGUCGUAUUUAGCAAAAGCUGUGGCAACAGAAGCAAACAAUUCUACCUUCUUCUCAGUAUCUUCCUCUGACCUAGUCUCAAAGUGGCUGGGAGAGAGUGAAAAAUUAGUGAAAAACUUGUUCCAGCUUGCCAGAGAAAACAAACCUUCUAUUAUCUUCAUUGAUGAGAUAGAUUCCCUAUGUGGGUCAAGAAGUGAAAAUGAAAGUGAGGCUGCUAGACGGAUUAAAACUGAGUUUCUAGUCCAGAUGCAAGGGGUUGGUGUUGACAAUGAAGGAAUUUUGGUCUUGGGAGCAACAAACAUACCCUGGGUUUUGGAUUCUGCUAUCAGGAGGAGGUUUGAGAAGCGUAUUUAUAUUCCUUUACCCGAAGACCAUGCCAGGGCUGCAAUGUUUAAACUUCACCUUGGGUCAACUCCAAAUCUCCUGACAGAAUCAGAUUAUCGAGAGCUUGGAAAGAAAACUGAUGGCUAUUCUGGUGCAGAUAUAAGCAUCAUCGUACGUGAUGCACUGAUGCAGCCUGUUCGAAAAGUGCAAUCAGCUACUCAUUUUAAAAAAGUAAAAGGACCAUCACUGUCUAAUCCGAAUGUCAUGGUAGAUUUGUUCACCCCUUGCUCUCCAGGGGAUCCUGAAGCCAUUGAAAUGACAUGGAUGGAGGUCCCAGGUGAUAAAUUACUGGAGCCUCAGGUUUCCAUGGCUGAUAUGUGCAGGUCACUAGCUAGCACAAAACCAACAGUUAAUGAACAGGACCUGGAGAAGUUAAAGAAGUUUACAGAAGACUUUGGUCAGGAAGGUUAAACCAAAGAUAUAUGUGGAGCAUUAGAACUUUUUUUGCUUUCUUAAGUAUUGUUGUGUCUUAUUGAUGGCACUUCCAGUAAAUGCCAAUAAAAUCACUCCUUUCUUACUUUGCAGAAAGAAGAUCUCUUUGCAAAGACCCUUGAGCUUUUGUAUUGUAUUGUUUUCCUCAGAUGUCUAUUAAAUGUCUUCUAUUGAAAAAUAAAGCUAAAAGUAUAAUUUUAGGGUGAGACAGCAAAGUGAUGUGAUAACUUGUAUUAAAUAUUAGCAAACUUUAAAUAAUUAGUUCAAUUUUACUAAAUGUUCAAUUUUAGGUAUUAUGUUUGACCUGGCUGCAAGUGAGUUUUGAACUCCCAGUAGGCUCAAAAAACCCUUUUUUGAGGGGUGAAAGAGAACCUAUUUGUCAGGUGUUUUCAAUGUCAAUCAGCCUGCAUAUUAAUUGCUCUCAUUUCCUGUAGAGAAAUGCAACAAAUUUGCUAAUGAAGCAUAUUGCAAGUGUGAGCUCACUAUUAAAAUAAGUAAGAAAACACUGUGAGGAUAAGACUCUGUGGGCCAGUACUUUGUUUAAAUACUGAUGGACCUGGUACUUGGCUUUUUCUGCUAUGCUGUGUUAAAAUUUUGCCUUAAACAGCAAGCUUUUGUUUUUAACUCUUUACCAGCUGAUACACAUAUGUCACUAUGCAAUUUAGCAAAGGUUUGUUAAAUGCAAGUAUCUUGGAAGGUUUUUUGCUGGGUGUUUUUUUUAAUCUGGAUAUACUUUCUACGGGAGUUUGACAAAAGCUAGAAAAAGGUGUAUCCUGUAAGAUUCUGUAUGUCAAGGUCUGCAAGGUAUAGGUAGUCUUUGGAGGCUGUAAGGGAGGUAUUUUGGGGAAAUAGCAUACUUUCCGACCUGAGAAAAGGAUAACAGAUGAUCUAGCAGUAGACUUUGAUAUCAGAGUUCUGAGUUAAUCCGUCACUGAAAACUAUUGGAUACAGACUACAUCAAUUUAGUGCGUAAAUUUUGAGAAAAGGCUGGCACUUUAGUACAAAAGCAGCACUUCCAUUGAUCUUUUUUGAAGAAGUAUAGAUUGAGAUGUGCUUGAAUGUAACUUACAACACUACAGUGUCAGCACUGAGUUUGUGCCUUUUAAGUUUGCACUGGCUGUAGGAUACGAGACAUCAUAAUGAUACCUAGAAUACCGUUAUGUUCCCUUAGCAUUGUACAACUCUAUUCUGCAUAUGCUUUGAUUAACUUGCAUUAAAAAAAAAUUGCACAUUUCUUGUGUGUAUGUUAUAUGUACAUACACACAUUUAUGAUCAUCUUUUGAUGGGUUUUGGUUUCCUUUAUGUACAAAUUUUGUGUACUUUAUAAAUCAUAGGACUGGUGAAAUUUGCUGUACUUAAAUGAAGUAAAAUGUUGUAGUACAACCUCA